ACUUGCUUGGAUCCAAUGCAUCAUCUAUUUGCUGCUUCAUUUUCCUUUGAAUUCUCUCUGACUCUGGAACGAAACUGCCUUGGGUUGUGUCCUGGCUCUGCCAGUUGUUAGCUGUGUGACCGUGAGAAGACAUUGAACCUCUCAGUGCCUCAGUUUUCUUAGCCAUAAAGUUGAGGGGGAAAAAAGCUCCUGGUCACAGGUUUAGUCUGAAGAUUAGAGCUAACAUAUGUGAAGCUCUUUGGAACAGUGCCUGGCAGAGGGUAAGUGUAGUUUAAGGGUCUGCUGUGAUUGUCAUUACUGGCAGUAUCACUGUUACGUGUUAGGACCACGAUAUGUAGGCCAUUCACAUGGCAUCUAAUUGGAUUCAAUGCGUGAAAGGUGGUGUCAGACUCAGGGCCACAUCUUCUAAGGUCAUUCUAAUGACCCAUGACAUCCCCCUGCCUCUUAAGAAUGUCAAGUGCUCACUCUGCUGGACAAUAUCUCAGGCUUGGGCUGAGCCCCAGAAGCCACAGUUCCUACCAUUUCCUCCAAGGUCUGGGUGUUCAGUGAAGUAGGUUGCUGGCCCUUUAAGAGGCGGUAGCUAGCUCCCAGUUGCCAUGGAGACAGCUGGAUACAGACCGGGUAGCAGCAAGCAGCAUGUCCUCCAAAGUUCAGUCCAAAGGUGGGAAGAGGGCUGAGGUGUGGGGAGUGGGGGGUGCGCUGGAAAGAGGAGGUGAUCUUCUCCCUCACAAUCCACCCAGGGGUGGCCCUGAAGGAUUCUGCUCUUGGGACGCCUGCCCCACCUUGUCCUUCUCCCCAGGGUCCACCAUCUCAGCCUUUUCUUUCUCCAUAGGCUCCAAAGCCAAAGGCCACCAGCCCUCAGCCCAAGAGAGUCUGGCACCCCCAGAGGCCAAUGCUGAAGCCAUCCACUUCCUCAACUCCCUCCGGCAGGAGGAGCUGCUGAUGCUGUUCUUCUCGGAGGCUCUGGUCAUGGUCUCGGACACAGGGCAGCCUCAGGGAGAACUGACCAUCGAGGUGCAGAUGGGGAAACACAAGGACAAAUUUGGCGUCAUGUCACGCUGCCUCUUUGUGCAUGCCUUUAGCCGAGGCUUCAUGGACAACAUACUCUGUGGAAACUCCCUUCUGGGCUACCUGUCAUGGAAACUGGAGCCCAUGGAACAACAUAAUCAGGAGUUCAUCAAGUUCCCCAUCCUCCCCAUGGAACGGAAGAUGAGUUUGCUGAAGCACGAUGAUCAGCUGGCCAUGACCAGAAUUGUCAAGGAGGGCGAGGAAGUGAAGACUGAAGUGACUUCUUUCCCCUGGCACUCAAUUGCGGGCUUCGUCUCCGAGGCUGCCAACCUGGUGUUGCUGAGGGUGAUGGCCUCGCGGCAGACGGUGCCCAGCAAUGCCCGUUUCCUGGCCUUGGACACAGAGGGCAAACUCUGCUAUUCCACUUAUCAAGCCCUAGGCUCCCAGACGAUCCAGGUGGGCCAUCAGCAGGUGGAAGUGUUCAUUGUGGAGCAGACUGUACACUCGGAGAAGGGCAUCCCCAUGUCCUGCCAGUUCUACCUGCUCUCUGAUGGGCACCUGGCCAAGAGGAUCCAGGUGGGCUCCCCAGGUUGCUGCAUGGUCACUAAGGUGCCCAUCUUGAGGGAAGAGGAUGAUAUUGAGCCGCGCCCAGUAUUUGAGAAGAAGCCCCUGUUGUGGGAGGAGGACAUGGAGCUCUACUCAAGGUUCACGGACCGGAAGGAGGAGCUCCGCCUCAGCCACAGCAGCUAUCUGCGGCUCCAUCCCGAGGCCCAGGCGCUCAUCUCCGACUUCCUGCUCUUCCUGCUGCUGCGCCAGCCGGCCGACGUGGUCACCUUCGCCGCCGAAUACUUCGGCCCCUUCGCGAAGCGACACCCGCCAACCCCGGCCUUGCGCUCCUCCAAUCGACCCAGCCCCUUCCGCGCGCUGGACCUGGAGUGCAUCGAUGGCGAGGAGGACCAGGCAGGGAGCUAGGCGGGCGGGGGCCCCGUAGGCGGUAGAGGCUGGGCUCGGACUCCGGCGGGACACACCCGGGAGGCCCGCUUUCAGCCCUGCGGUUUCUAUGGGAAUAAAUCCGGGGCCUCCCCGCGGCUCUGCUGUCUGCCGGAA